AAGCGUGUCUUUGUUUCAAGAACUAAAUGAUUUGGAAAAUUGUGCCAAAUGAAUCAGUUACAGUGUGUUAGCAAUUGAGAAAAACUGUAAUAAUAAAAUUAUGAUUAAAAUGGACAAGACUAAGUCCAAUUUCACAGACAGGGUUUAGAUUAAGCUAGGAUUAGAGCAUAGAUCGAUUAGGACAUUUAAGUAACUUUUCAUAAAUGUGCCUUAUAUAAAAACACUACUGAUGAUACCUUGGGACAAAACUACAGAGCUGACAUAUUUUAAGAUCAGUUAGUGCAAGUUUCGUUCAGUUAAAACAGCCCUGACAUACAUUUUAGUACAUUUUAUCUUAAGCCUUGUCUGUGAAACCGGAGGUAAGAUUCUUAGACUCUCUGGAUAGGUUUAUUGUUUAUUUCAGGUGUCAGGUAAGAGGCAGAGGCAGGCAGGAAAGUUUAUGAUAGCAAAAAAAUUAAAUAGAAGACAUUUCAUUUAUAACAUGAUGUAGGUCUUCUCGGUCAUGCUCAUUCAGAAUGCUGAUUUUUAUGCUAAAUUAUGAGCGAUGUCACAAAAAUCUGAUUAGAGACACUUGAAAUGUUGAAAUGUGUUAAUGUGUAUUAAAGCGAACCUGAACUGAAAGCUCAAUAAGUAAUCAUUAACAUUACCUGUAAAGGUGACUGGGGUGUGUACAGUACACAAUAUUGGCACUUGUAAAAAAUAUGAGUCAGCUGUGAUGAGUGGUUGAGUCAUGGUGGUUGGGGCUGAGAAUGCUUGAUGAACACCGCAGCACCUGCUUUACAUCUCAUUAGAGACCGAGAGUAGAGGAAACAGCAGUCAGAUCACAGAGAAGAGCAGGAUUAUGAAGUUUAUUACAGCUUUGAGUGUUGCUGGAACCAUACUUCUCAACAUAGCAGGUUCUCUCUGCCAGUUAGAUGUGUGUGGUCAAGCCCCUCUUAACAACAAGAUUGUUGGAGGGGAGGCUGCAAAGGCAGGGUCUUGGCCGUGGCAAGCCAGCCUUCGUAUCACCGUUGAUGGGGGUCAGAUCUUGUGUGGUGGGAGUCUAAUCAACAAAGACUGGGUUUUGUCUGCAGCUCACUGCUUCCAGGGCUCCCUGGGUACCAUUCGGAUCUACCUGGGACGCCAGAGGCAGUCGGGAUCAAACCCUAAUGAAGCUCUCAGGACAGCAAGGACUGUCAUCAACCAUCCUACCUAUAACAAUCCUAGACAUGACAACGACAUAACACUGCUCCAGCUCUCCUCUUCUGUGACGUUCACUGACUACAUUAGGCCAGUCUGUCUGGCGGCUGCUGGUAGUAAAUUUGCUGCAGGUACAGACAGCUGGGUCACUGGAUGGGGAACACUACAGUCAGGAGGUGUGUCUCCUAACAUACUGCAGGAGGUGAAGAUACCAGUUGUGAGCAACAGUGACUGUGAUGAUGCUUAUAACUUUCUUAAAAUCACAAGCAAUAUGAUUUGUGCUGGAUUGUUAAAUGAGGGAGGAAAAGAUUCAUGUCAGGGAGACUCUGGAGGUCCAUUGGUUACUAGGAAUGGCUCUCUGUGGGUUCAAUCCGGCGUUGUGAGUUUUGGUAAUAAAUGUGCUGACCCCAAGUAUCCCGGUGUGUACGCCAGAGUCUCUCAGUACCAGGACUGGAUCACCGCUAACAUAGGCAGCAACCCACCUGGAUUUGUUGAAUUCAACAACAAUGGAUUCAGAAUCUCUCCUAACCUCCUUUUAGUUUCAGUUUCUCUCACAUCCUCCAUCAUUCCUUUCAUAUGCUCCAUAUAUCUCUCUUCAUAGAUAUCGUUUGAAUUACGGUUCUCAGGGUUAUGUGAUUAAGAGGACAAUUGUCCUGUGCAAGUUUUAUAAUAUGUGUAGAAAUUAGGCAUAACUAUAUCCUUUGUUAUAUUGUUAUUCAUUAUUUAUCUUUUUAAAAAGGCUACUCUUAUUAUAGAGUUUUUUGUUUUACUAGCUUUUUAUUAUAAUACUGCACACUAAGCACAUUAUAGUGCAUUAUAAUAUUGCACACAA